UUCUAAUUGAUAUUUUGAUCAAUAAAUCUUAUUCAAAUAUGACCUCAAAUCGGAUUAUUUAUUCUCGUGAAUAUCUAAUAUCUUAAAAACCUACUGACCUGCAACUCCAUAAAAAGACAAGAAAAAGCAUCAUGCCGGCUGGCAGAGAGCAUUAAAAAAUACCCCUAUUCAAUUCAUGACUGUUCAUGCAAUUAUGAGUACCAAUUGUCGCUCUCAACCGGCUAAAAUUAACUGUCUUCAAUCGCUGGUGUCUUCCAUUAUAUAUCAUAAUACUGGGAUCGUAUCACUUCAAGAAACAUGGCUUCAUGAUCUAUAUGAUGACAAUCUAGUGUAUCUAAAUAAUUUCAAACUAUUCAGACAAGAUCGGUGUAGUUCCAGGAAGAAACGCGGUGGCGGUGUCGCCAUCUUCAUCAAUUCACAAUGGUGUACGUCUAAUAAUGUAUGUUUCAAAUUCUCUAGUGACAAUAUUGACUGUCUCGCCGUUAAGUGUCGAUUUAAACAUUUGUCAUAAU